GACCAGAGACUGAGAGACGUCCUCCAGCCGUCCAAAGGAAGACUUUCAGGGCUGCAGCAGUCUGUCUGGCAGUGCUCUGCUUCCUGAUGAUGACUGGAAUCAUCCUCUUAUCCGUAUACUUCAUUUCUCUGCAUACUGAAAACAAACAACUCAGCAAGAACAACACUCAGUUACAGGAGGAAGUAAAGCAGCUGAAGAACAGAACUGAAGCCACUUUGCUGCAGACCAGAUACGACCAACUGAGCAACAACUACACUCAACUACAGGAUGAAGUAAAGCAGCUGAAGGACAGAACUGAAGUCACUUUGCUGCAGACCAGAUACGACCAACUGAGCAACAACUACACUCAGUUACAGGAUGAAGUAAAGCAGCUGAAGGACAGAACUGAAGUUCUUAAAAUCUGUCCUGAUGGAUGGACGAGAUCUGGACGCAGUUGUUACUUUAAAUCUAAAGAGAAGAAGAAUUGGGAUAACAGCAGAGCUGACUGUCAGCAGAGAGGAGCAGAUCUGGUCGUCAUUGACAACGAAGAGGAACAGAAGUUUGUCUCUGAGCUGAGUAACGGAGGACAGUCCUGGAUUGGUCUACGGUAUGGAUGGGGACAAGGAGAAGGGACAUGGAGACCAGAAGGAUGGGAAUGGGUGGACGGAUCACCGCUGAGAGAAACGUUCUGGGGACCAGGACCGCCUCAGUAUGGCCAUGGUUCCUAUGCUGCAUGCUGCGAUCAAGGGAAAUGGAAACAGAGUCAUUAUCAUACCAAGACCUGGAUCUGUGAGAAAAAGAUGAUCUGAACUCUUUGAUGACGGGGGGGUAGUGUUGGUAUCAGCUUUGUUAAAUCAGACCAAUUCUCUAACAUGGGCUCAGCUGUUUAUUCUGUGUUGCUAAGUAACCUGGAUUCCAGAGAUCUUGUUCCUCUCCCUUCAUAGAGCCCAAUCUGGUUAGAAGUCAUGUGUCCUGACUCUGUAGUCCUACAGGAUUAUUACAAUAAAAGAUAAGAACUACAUGGAUCAGCAGCUGGUCUCUACCUUGGUUUAUGUAGUUGAUUAUAACGUUUGGAGUCAGUUAGUUAGAAGUUGUUCCUUAGAAAUACCCCCCCCCCCACCUCCAUCUCCCUCCCAGACCCGUCCCCACAACCAAUUAAAUCAUUAUUAUUAUUAUUUUAACGCUGCGCUGUAACCUUAACCUAACUAUUGUGUUUGUAUCUUCUUGUUAUUUGAGCCUGUUUUCCUUUCAUGAAAGUCUUUAAUUGCUCUUUAAUGUUUGAUGUGAAGCUUUUUGAAUUGUCUUGUUGCUGAAAUGUGUUCUAGAAAUAAA